GUGUGUGUGUGUGUGUGUUUUCGUCCUUCCUGGUCCAGUCCUGUGUUAUUCCUCCAGUGUGCCGGUGUGUUGUUUUCUUUUAGUUUGUUGGUGAGAACAGAACCAGACUCAUCCUGCGGCGCCAUGUUGAUAAAGUGACUGAAGCUGGAGCUUUCCCUGAACUAGUUCUGAACUAGUUCUCUAGUUCCUGUUGGUUCACUAGUUGGUUGAUUAGCCACCUGCUAGCUGUAGCAGCCUGCCGACCUCAGGUAUGUUUGCGUCCUGCUGUAACUGGUUGUGUAUGGACUCUGGUGAUGUAGAUGAGCAGCCUGGUGCAGCGGAGCGUCGUCAUCAGUCCUACACUAACUCAGGCUUCAACAGCCAGCCGUCUCCUCCUCCACAGGAACACACCUGUAAGGCCUGCGGGGGGCGCCUCGACACGCCCGCCAAGAAGCAUGUGUGUGUGGACUGUAAGAAAGACUACUGCAGCCGCUGCUCCGCCCAGCUGGAGCCCCGCCCCCGCCUCUGUCACACCUGCCAGCGUUUCUACGGCAACCUGCUGGAGCGUGCAGAGCUCAUGAAGCUGAAGGUGAAGGAGCUGCGGGAUUACCUGCACCUGCACGAGGUCUCCACCCACCUGUGCAGAGAGAAGGAGGAGCUGGUGGAGCUGGUCCUGGGUCAGCAGUCCUCACCAUCCAGUGACUCCGCCCCCGAGACCCUGACCCCCGACCCCCCCUCUGUGUCUCCUGAUCUGUCCCCCAGUCCCCCCCCCUCGGCUCCUGACGUCCCCACCUCCACCCCCGACUCCGCCGCUGCACAGCCUGAAGACCUGUCUCCGCCCACAGAGACCUCCACCCCUGCCGAGCCCGAUGUUCAGGACGAAGACCAGACCUGGGAUCCAGAGGAGGCCCCGGUUUCGGGUCGUAGGGCGUCUCUGUCUGACCUGAGCUGUCUGGAGGACAUCGAGGCGCUCAGCGUUCGACAGCUGAAGGAAAUCCUCGCCAGGAACUUUGUGAACUACAAAGGCUGCUGUGAGAAGUGGGAGCUGAUGGAGAGAGUGACCCGGCUCUACAAGGAUCAGCAGAACCUGCUGGCCGCCAAUGCUGUGAACGCCUCAGAGUCUGGCGGUGGUGUUGGUGGUUCUGGUUCUGUAGAGGAGAACCUCUGUAAGAUCUGCAUGGACUGUCCCAUCGACUGCGUCCUGCUGGAGUGUGGUCACAUGAUCACCUGCACCAAGUGUGGCAAGAGGAUGAGUGAGUGCCCCAUCUGUCGCCAGUACGUCGUCCGCGCCGUCCACGUCUUCCGGUCCUGAGCGACCCAACCCCGACCUGAACCAGGAUCGACCGCCUCCAAAGCAAUAAACUGCAAACAAAUCCUGAAGGGACCGUCUACAGAGAUUUUUUUUAUUUUGUUUAACUCUAUUUUUCUAGUGUAAAUAAGAUGAAGAAUGUAAGAAGUGACCUUAUGUGAGCGUCGACCUGCAGAGCUGCUGUUUGAAUGCAAACACUGAAUGUACAGAGCGACUCUCAGCGGGCAGAUCAUCACACCUCUGAUUCAUGAACUAAAACCUUUAAACUCAUCGACCAGGAAUCCUCUGUGCCUUUAGCAGCUCAUCACCCCCUCACUGACGGGGGGCGGGAACCUACCAAAGAGAACCAUUACCUCGCCAGGUGAGGAGAGUCCAGUAUCAGUCAUCACAUUGCCUUAAACUUACUGUAAAACACACA